AUGAGUACAAGUAUAUGCCUCUUGAGCCAAAGCUGCUUGAAACGUGGUGGCGUGCUCCCAAACCGUCUCGCCAGAGCUCUGCGCAAGAAUAUCCCUUCUUUUACCAGCCUCGCUCCCGCGUCUCAAGCAACUACACGUAACCGUGUCCAUAGCUGCGGCAUUUCAGCCAAGAGGCAGAUCAGCAUGGCAUCUUCCACUGCCAAGGUUACCGACUGGGUUCAUCCCGACGACAAGUCUGGCGAGUUCAAACGCCAGGUGAGCUCGUUCCGAGAUUGGAUCUCCAGUGAAGCCGGUGCCAAGUACCCCCCCGAGAAGGGACGAUACCAUCUGUACGUCAGCUACGCGUGUCCAUGGGCUCAUCGAACGCUCAUCACGCGAAAACUUAAAGGGCUGGAGGACAUUGUUUCCUUCUCCGUGGUACACUGGCACCUGGGGCAACAAGGCUGGCGCUUUGUGACCAGGGAUGAAAACGAACCCGGCGAGAACGUGACUCCUGAUCCAAACGAGGGCCAUGAAGACUUUACACACUUGCGACAGGUUUACUUGGAGACGGAGAAAAACUACCAAGGACGCUUCACCGUCCCUGUCUUGUAUGACAAGAAGACGAAGACCAUUGUGAGCAACGAAAGCUCAGAGAUUAUGCGGAUGCUCGGCACCGAGUUUGAUGGUUUUCUUGAUGAGACACAUCGCUCCAUUCAGCUGUAUCCCGAACCCCUUCGUGACCAGAUUGAGGAAACCAACAGCUGGACAUAUGAUCUCAUCAACAACGGCGUCUACAAGUCGGGGUUUGCCACCACGUCCGCAGCCUAUGAACGAAACGUAACCGCUCUGUUUGAAGCCCUUGACCGAGCUGAGAAGCACCUGCGGGAACAGACGGACGGCCCUCACUACUUUGGCAAAUGCAUUACCGAAGCGGACAUCCGGCUGUACGUCACGCUGAUCCGCUUCGACCCCGUCUACGUGCAACACUUCAAAUGCAACAUCCGCGACAUUCGCUCCGGCUACCCUGCUCUGCACCGGUGGAUGCGCAACCUGUACUGGAAACACGCUGCGUUCAAGGAGACGACCCAAUUUGACCACAUCAAGUGGCACUACACUAGAAGCCACACGCAAAUCAAUCCGUUGUCAAUCACACCGGUGGGUCCGCUGCCGCACGUGUUGCGGUUGGAUGAGGAGGUUCCCGCUGCAUCGACGGGGCAGUGA